GCUAUCUCCCUCCUCCUCCUGCUCGUCGUCUCGCUUCGCCGCCGUUUGGAUUGGAUUGGACUGCACCUCGUCGCGCCUCUCCGGUGGCUUCGCUUCGCUCCGGCGGGAGAAAUUUACUCAACUGCCCUGCCCACCGCUCGCCUCUCCUCUACAAAUACUGCUGCCUCCCACCGGCCGGCGUCAUCCUCUAGAAGAUUCUCCCGCAACCGCCAAAAAGAUCCCCUUGGAUUCGACGGCCCGCCCAUUCGCCAUCACCACCUGUGGUCAUCGCCGAGCUGAGCUUUGCCUCUGCCUCUCUAUCGCCGCCGCCUCCCUCAGCCGCCCUAGUGGACGACGUCGCUAUGGGGGAACCCGCGUAGGCGGCGGCACCUCGCCGCCGUGGGGGAUGGAGGAGGAAGACAUGGAGGAGGGCGUGGGCGAGAGCUCGGGACCAUCUCCCCGGGCCGCCGCCGCCUCCGCCGCCGCGGGACUCGGUUAUGGUUCCGGCGGUGGUGGCGGCGGCGGCGGCGGCUUUAGCACGCACGGGAACAUUAGCAAGGCCAUCUACGACCGCCUUGUGGCGAUUGGCAACGAGGAGGCCAUCUCCAACCCCUCCUUACGCCUUGAGCUCGACGAACACAUCGAGCGGUUGCCGACAAGCUACUCGAUCGAUCUGGAUGUCAACAAGCCAGAGGAAGUGCUGCUGCACCGGAGGAUCCUUGCCGACUGUGCCGACCCUGACAAGCGCCCAAUCUUCCAUGCCCGCUUCUUACGGGUAGAGUCUGGAUCAACUCCAAGAGAAAACGGUAAUGGUGGGGGCUUUCUCCCAGUCAAUUUGAGAGAUGAUGAAUUCACAGAAUCUGAGCCAUAUGAAAGGAUGAUGGAAGACCUGAGUUUAGAGAGAGGAAAAGGUGGGGAUGACUUUGAAGCCAUCUCUGCUAGAAGGGACCCAAAAGACAUCCUUGUUCAUGAAAUUAUUUUUUCUUCCAAUGACAAGCCAAAGCUCCUCAGUAAGCUAUCUGCGUUACUAUCUGAAAUUGGGUUGAACAUUCGUGAAGCUCAUGUGUUCUCAACGACAGAUGGCUUUUGCCUUGAUGUGUUUGUUGUUGAUGGCUGGGAUACAGAGGAGACAGAUGGUUUGCUGCAGAAGCUGAAAGAGGCAGAGGCACACAGCCAUGGCUCAUUGUCUAAUUCCACAAAUUCUUCAGCAUCAGAGAAAGUUCUAGAGCUGCAGGAAAAGAUUGGAGAUUCUGAUUUCGACAGGACUUUGCUGCAAAUUGGGAAGAAGAUUGCAUCUGGAUCAUCUGGGGAUUUAUAUCGAGGAACUUAUCUUGGUGUGGACGUUGCAGUAAAAUUUCUUAAAUCUGAGCAUGUUAAUGAGUCUUCAAAAGUGGAGUUCUUGCAAGAAAUAAUGAUUUUAAAGAGUGUUGAUCAUGACAAUGUUGUCCAAUUUUACGGAGCUUGCACAAAGCAUCGAAAGUAUCUCAUUGUAACAGAGUACAUGUCGGGAGGUAAUCUGUAUGAUUUCCUUCAUAAGCAAAACAAUACUUUGGAGCUUCCUGUUGUUCUUAGGAUUGCUAUUGGUAUCUCAAAAGGAAUGGAUUAUUUGCACCAGAAUAAUAUCAUCCAUAGAGACUUGAAGACUGCCAAUUUGUUAAUUGGCUCUGGUCAAGUCGUGAAGAUUGCGGACUUUGGUGUCUCUCGGCUCCGAUCUCAAGGGGGAGACAUGACUGCUGAAACUGGCACAUAUAGGUGGAUGGCACCUGAGGUAAUAAACCAUAAGCCUUAUGACCAUAAAGCAGACAUCUUUAGCUUCGCUAUUGUUCUAUGGGAGUUGGUCACUUCUAAGAUACCAUACGAAAAUCUUACACCUUUGCAAGCUGCGCUGGGAGUAAGGCAGGGAAUGCGCAUGGAGAUCCCACCACGGGUUCAUCCGAGACUGUCCAACCUGAUUCAACGGUGUUGGGAUGAAAAUCCUCAUGUGCGACCAGUUUUCUCGGAGAUUACUGUAGAACUCGAAGAUAUCUUACGCUAUGUUCAGGUGCCCAAGGCCGGAAGUCGACAUCCCAAAGCAAAGAUUCAGAAGAAAUCACCGCGAUAAUAUUUACAUGGGUUCGUUAUGGCCUUUUGUGAAACAGCUUAGAGGUUUUCUUCCAAAUUACCAGGCUACGGUUUGUUGCUAGCGGCCCAGCACGGCAGCAUAGAAAUGAUUCUGUAUAUAUGUCAGAUGCUUGCCUGUAUAAUAUUUUUUACACUUGUGCCUGAUGGUAUGAGUUUUCUGAUUUUGUCAUAUAAUGCUUACUAGAAGAACACUAAAUUUGGAAUGUGGAACAAGGCGGCAUCCAUUGAAAAAUAUAAUAUAGGUCUUGCAGUUUU